UUUAAAUUUAAUUUUAGCUUAUAUUCUCACCAUAGUACAUCAGACGACUUUUCUUGGUUACGUCUUAUUUACGCGACAAGGUAACAUUCAGGGCCUGCACUUCUCAAACUUCGUGAUGGAUUCGAAAUCAAGACGUCGUUCUGGAUCACGAUCGAAAAGCCGCCACCGAGAAAGGCGUAACAGGUCCAGACUGAGCAGAUCGCGGUCACCUGAAAAAAUAAAAGUUCGCAGCCGGUCUCCGGACACCAAGAGAACCGGACGUGGUGGCGGACGGUCCGGGAGCGCGGACUCUUGCGAAGGCUCUCCAGCUAGACGUUGGGCGAAGAACAGAGACCGAUCGGGAUCCAGAAGUGGUUCUGGGAGUGACAGGAGACCGGGACAACGCCGAAACCGGGGCAAAUCAAGCAGUCGAUCGCCCAGUUCUGGUUCAGAUGAUCCUAAAAUGAGGCGACGAGGAAAGGAAGCCGAAACCAGGAGAGGAGCAUCAAGAGAGAGGGCAAGAAGGUCCUUGUCCAACUCCAGCUCCCAGGACGGAAGCAAUGAGAGAGAGAGAAGAAAUAGGCGACUAAGAAGUCCUGACAGAAGGAGUCCAACCAGGGACAGACAGAAGAGAGAGUGUGACAGUGACAGAAAAAAGAGCAGUAGCAGGGACAGAAAAAGAGACAAGAGCCAAGAGCGAAGGAGGAGAAGCGAGGACAGGGUAAGAGGGAGGCGGGAGAGGAGUAGAGGGAGGCAGCGCUCCAGUUCGCCUGAGUCUGAUAGUUCAGGGUCUGAUCAUGAGGGCAAAGCAGUAAAAGAAAAGGAGGAGAAGAAAAAGCAGAAGGAAAUGAUAAAAGCCCUGGAGACUCCAGAAGAGAAGCGAGCUCGACGACUGGCAAAGAAGGAGGCGAAAGAGAAAAAGAGAAGAGAAAAGAUGGGCUGGAGUGAGGAGUACAUGGGUUACACUAAUGCAGACAAUCCUUUUGGUGACAACAACUUACUUGGCACAUUUAAAUGGCAGAAGGCAUUGGAUAAGAAAGGCAUUGGUCACCUGGGGGAGAAGGAGCUCAAAGAUAGGAACAAACUUAUACAGGAGGAAAACCGCAGAGAGCUGCAGAAGGUGAAACAGCUUCGUCUGGAGCGGGAGCGAGAGAAAGCCAUGAGGGAGACCGAGCUGGAGAUGCUGCAGAGGGAGAAGGAGGCGGAGCAUUUCAAGACCUGGGCCGAACAAGAAGAUAACUUCCAUUUGCAACAAGCAAAACUGAGAUCUAAAAUCCGUAUUCGGGACGGUCGUGCCAAACCCAUCGAUCUUCUGGCAAAGUACAUCAGUGCAGAAGAUGACGACCUUGCAGUUGAGAUGCACGAGCCGUACACCUUCCUCAACGGGCUUACGGUCACCGACAUGGAUGACCUUCUGGAGGACAUUAAGGUGUACAUGGAGUUGGAACAGGGCAAGAAUGUGGACUUCUGGAGAGACAUGACAACAAUCACUGAGGAUGAGAUUAGCAAACUGAGAAAACUGGAGGCAUCUGGGAAAGGACCAGGUGAUCGCCGCGAGGGAAUCAACACAGCUGUGAGCACCGAUGUGCAGUCAGUGUUCAAAGGCAAGACUUACAGCCAGCUGCAGGCUCUUUACAUGAAGAUCGAAUCACAGAUCCGAGAGGGAGGUUCCAAUCUCGAUAUCAGCUACUGGGAGAGUCUGCUGCAGCAAGUCAGAGUAUACAUGGCCCGAGCCAGGUUAAGAGAACGACACCAAGACGUUCUGCGUCAGAAGCUGUAUAAACUCAAACAGGAACAAGGAGUGGAGAGUGAACCCCUGUUCCCCAUCAUCAAGGAGCAGCAGCUGAGUGAGGAUGAGGAGGAGAGGAUGCGGGUAACUGCAGCCGAAGAGGCCGGACCGUCAUCAUCUUCAAGCAAAAACAGAGGAAACAAUGAAAGUGAAGAAAUAGCCGGGCCCUCAAAAUCUCCAAAACAGCACGAGGACGGAGAAGGAACGGCUGAGGGCAAGGACGAUGAGGAGAAGGAAGAGGAGGUGGAGGCUGUGUUGACCGAAGAGGACCUGAUCCAGCAGAGCCAGGCGGAGUACGACUCGGGCCGCUACAGUCCUACGCUACUGUCAGGUUCCGAGCUGCCGCUGGACACGCACACCAUCACCCCGGAGGAGGACACACACAGGCUGCAGCUGGCCCGCAGACAGCUUCAGGUCACAGGUGAUGCUAAUGAGAGCGCUGAAGACGCCUUCGUCCGUCGAGCCAAGGAGGGCAUGGGCAACGACGAGGCCCAGUUCAGUGUGGAGAUUCCAGUUUCGGGGAAGAUGUACUUGUGGGCAGACAAAUAUCGCCCCAGGAAACCACGCUUCUUCAAUCGUGUGCACACUGGUUUUGAGUGGAACAAGUACAACCAGACGCACUACGACUUCGACAACCCUCCGCCCAAGAUCGUCCAGGGAUACAAGUUCAACAUCUUCUACCCAGAUCUGAUCAACAAGCGAUCCACGCCGCAGUACUUCUUGGACCCCAGCCAUGACAACAAAGACUUUGGAAUCUUGACGUUUCAUGCUGGCCCUCCGUACGAGGACAUCGCUUUCAAGAUCGUGAACAGAGAGUGGGAAUAUUCACACAGGCAUGGCUUCCGCUGUCAGUUCGCCAACGGGAUUUUCCAGCUGUGGUUCCAUUUCAAGCGGUACCGCUACAGGAGAUGAAGAGCUGAUUUACAUCAGAAGUGGACAUGCUGUCUCAGAAUAAGAAUUUAAAAUAUCUACAAAUGCAUUUGUAAAUGACCAACUUGUGAUUCAGCUGUGAUAGUGACCAUGAGCUGGACCAGUUUCUGUUCUUCAGUUUUUAUUCUCUCACCUGAAUAUACUGCAUUACGUAAAUAAUGAGGUAUCACGUGUGAUUUAAUGAUGCAGCCACAAGUCUGGAUCUAAGUGACUGUACUUUGCAUCAGUGUAUUUUUGUUCAUUCCCUCAAAGUUGAAAACAACGUUGUUUGAAAAUUAGCCAUUAAAGAUUUUCGUCUUUUUA